CGAGACCUUCAGUUGCUUACGAACAGCGACCUAAGGAGGGUUCGGUGCUUCGACGAAAUCCACGCGCACUGCCUCUUUUCGCAUUUGGCCGAAUCGCGAGGAUGCUGGGGAGCGGGUCGACCGCUUCGACCUGUUCGGCACGCCGGAGAUAAUGUGCGUCGGCAGUCAGCGAGUGCGAAAGUGACUGACCUGAGAGCAAGAGUGGGCACUCGGCGCUGCUGCUUGGCGACCGCCACUUCCAGUUCACCGACACUGUACGUGAAAAGCGGCCGCAAUUCAAUUUCCCGAUCGAUCGGCACCUGUGCAGUUUUUAAGUGCGUUUGCAGUGUGUGUGUUGACUUUCGAUUUCGAGGAAGCAGUUUGGAUUACCUGAAGCCGUGUCAGGACUUUCUGUGUGAGGCACGGAGGGGGUGAAACAUGUAUCUGACAAGUUGACGAGCACAAUGGUGUUACGAAGGAGCAGAACGCUCGGCCGCGGGAUCGCCCCCGACCGGCGGCCACUGCUCGUCAUUGUGGCGCUGAUGCUUCUAAGCGUCGACAGCGCCGAACACACGUGCAAAUUCAAGAUCUCUGAGGGCGUGCCCAUCGGAACCACGAUCGGUCACAUUGGUGUGGCUAAAUGCGAGCCAAGCACUCUCAGCCCUCCACCGCCACCCUACCUGGUGGUGCCGGGUCCUGGCUCCGGCGUGGACACGGACCUCACCAUUGACACCAAUGGCGAGAUUCUGACACGCAUCGUUCUGGAUCGAGAGCUCCGCUCGUCCUACUCGCUGGUGGCGAUUCCUCACAACAACGGUGGAGAUAACAUUCGCGUGGUGAUCCAGGUUCUGGACGAAAACGACAACGCGCCCACCUUUCCGACACCGUUCAUGCACAUCGAGUUCCCUGAAAACACGCCACUAGACGUGAAACGCACGCUGCAGCCAGCGAGAGAUUUGGACCUGGGAGAUUUCAACACGCAGAGCUACAAAAUUGUCUCGGGAAACGUGAACAAAGCGUUCCGCCUGUCGCCGCACUUGGAACGUGACGGCGUAUUGUACCUGGAUCUGCAGAUCAACGGCACCCUGGACAGGGAGACCAUCUCGUCCUACAGCCUUGUGGUGGAGGCCAUCGACGGUGGCAAACCACCUCUGAAGGGCUCAAUGAUGGUCAACAUCACCAUUCAGGACGUCAACGAUAAUCAGCCCAUUUUCAACUCGACGCGAUACUUCGCAAAUGUGCCUGAAAAUGCGACCGUCGGGACGAGUGUCUUGCGAGUGUUCGCCAGUGACUUUGACAGUGGCGCUAAUGGCCAAAUAACGUACUCGAUCAACAGACGGCAGAGUGAUCGUGAAAAUAUGUUCCGCAUUGACGCGACGACAGGUGAAAUCGCUGUCAACAGGCCGCUGGACUUUGAAACGUGCCAUGUACACGAGUUGGUUAUUGUGGCCAGAGACGGCGGUGAGACGCCGCUGGAAACGACGGCAUUCGUUUCGGUCAGGGUGACUGACGUGAACGACAACCAACCGACAAUCACAGUCAUCUUUUUGAGUGACGACGCCACUCCCAAGAUCUCGGAAGGUGCUCAGCCUGGUGAGUUCGUUGCUCGAAUUUCCGUGAAUGAUCCCGAUUCCAAGGAGGAGUACGCCAACGUGAACGUCACCCUAGAGGGUGGCGAAGGCCAUUUCGGCCUGACCACUCAGGACAACAUUAUCUACCUGGUCAUCGUGUCGUUGCCGCUCGACCGCGAACACCAGUCGGACUACACUCUGUCCGUGGUGGCCACCGAUCAGGGAACUCCCCCGCUGCACGCUGCCCGAACGUUCAAACUGCGCGUGACAGACGUGAACGACAACGCUCCCGAGUUCGAGCAGGCCGUCUACCAUGCAAACGUGCUCGAGGUGGCCGAUCCAGGCACCUCGGUCAUCCAGUUGUCUGCGGUCGAUAUGGACGAAGGCAACAACUCUGCCGUAACCUACUCGAUCGUCCAAACGCCGGACACGCAUUCGAGCUGGUUUGAAAUCGACUCCAAGACCGGACUGAUCACCACCAAGGCGCCUGUGGACUGCGAAACGGACCCAGUGCCUCAGUUGACUGUGAUUGCAACGGAUAAUGGUCGACCGCCCUUGUCGGCGUCGGCCACAGUGUUAGUGACGAUCCACGACGUCAACGACAACGAACCCAUCUUUGACCAGAGCUUCUAUAACGUGUCUGUCACUGAAAGCGAGCCCGUCGGACACUGCAUUCUUAAGGUGUCAGCGACUGAUCCAGACUGCGGCGUCAACGCCAUGGUCAACUACACCAUGGGCGAGGGCACUAGCAAGAUGAGGGACUUUGUCGUCAAGUCCACAACCGGAGAGGUCUGCAUCGCCAUGCCCCUGGACUUUGAGACCAGGAGUGUCUAUGAGUUUCCCGUCAUCGCCACCGACAGAGGCGGUCUGAGCACGACAGCCGUUGUGAAGAUCCAACUGACCGACGUGAAUGACAACCGACCCACCUUCUACCCCCGCGAGUACAACGUGAGUUUGCGCGAGGACCGCGGCACCAGCAACGCGCCGGUCGUCGUGGUUGCCGCCACCGAUCCGGACUCUGGCCACUACGGCACUGUCCAUUACGAUUUGGUGGCCGCCGAGCCGGACAACGACGGCCUCUUCAGGGUGGACCGCAAAUCUGGCGCCAUCUUCGUCACCCGGCCCCUGAGCCGCGCCGCGCCCAGGCACCAUCUGAACGUGUCGGCGAGCGAUGGUGCCGGACUGAGGGCCGCCGUUGACGCCGAGGUCUUUCUCAGCGUGGUUGCUUCUGGACAACAGCCGCCGGUGUUCGAAAAGCCCAGGUACAGCCUGAACAUCCGCGAGGACGCCAGCAGAAGCACGGUCGUUGGAACCGUCAGGGCAACUAGCAGUGACCCUGGUUCGGGCGUUGUGCGCUACUCCAUCUACUCGGGCGACCCCAACGGGUACUUCAACAUCGACCCCUUGUCCGGCACCAUCCGCACGUCGUCCUCCCUCGACCACGAGACGCACUCCUCGGUGCUGCUCAACGUGCAGGCGAUGAGCGGCGACCCGCCGACCUAUGGACACAGCCAGGUUUACAUCACCGUCCAGGAUGUGAAUGACAACGCUCCCGAAUUCGACUCUCCGUCGGUUCGGAUUUCAGUGCCGGAAAACGUGGACCUGGGCACCGCCAUUUACGCAGCGCACGCCCGCGACCCUGACUCGGGCGAGAACGGCGAUGUGCGCUACUCCCUACCGAUCAACCCUGGUGGUGUAUUCAGGGUGGACGCAAAGGGUGGGCAGCUGACCCUGGCUAAGGCGCUGGACUUUGAGGUGUCCCAACGUUUCAACCUGGUGGUGCAGGCGUCAGACCGGGGCGCCGAGCGGCAGAUGAGCGCCAAUCUGAGCGUGCUGGUUGAGGUGCAGGACGCCAACGACAACCCUCCCACCUUUGAGAGGCUCGAGUACACGGUGCAUGUCCCCGAGUCCUUGCCGGCAAACUCGCAGGUCGUGCAGGUCGCGGCCAGCGAUAAGGACACGGGCAACAAUGCGAGGCUCACCUACCGCCUGCUGGGCGGUGCCGAUGCGCAUUUUGGCAUCUUCCCCAACAGCGGAGCCGUCUACCUGAGGGAGCCGUUGGACCGCGAAACGCAGGACAGAUACACCCUCAAGGUGCUGGCCAAAGACAACGGCUCUCCAGCUGGAACAGCCACCGCCAGUAUUGUGGUGGUUGUCUUGGACUCAAACGAUAACGCACCCGAAUUUGGAAGCGAAGCCUACCACUUCAUCGUCAGAGAAAAUCUAGAGGCAGGUACCUCGGUAGGCACAAUUUCAGCCAUUGAUAAGGACCUAGAGAACAACGCUGCCCUUCGCUACAGCCUCAUUCCGGCCAACAACAGUUUCCAGAUCAACCCCGUCACCGGCGAAAUUUUCACAAGGGAACCGUUGGACCGAGAGGCCAAGGCCCUCUUUGAACUGAUCGCAGAGGCCAGGGACUUGGGAAGUCCUCCAAGGAGUUCCCGGGUGCCGGUAAAGGUACAGGUGGCCGACGUCAACGACAACGCGCCGCUCAUCGUUGAACCUGAGGAAGACGUAGUCGGCGUCAGGGAGCAGCAGCCAGUGGGAACUGAGGUCGUCAGGGUGCGAGCCAUCGACAGGGACGAGGGCGAGAACUCUUCUAUUGCCUACUCCAUCGUUCAGAGCCCAGAAGCAAGUGACGGCUACGCUGUGUUCACAGUUGACCCCGUCACAGGGGUUGUUCGCACUAAAGCUAUUCUGACGCACGAGGAGAAGGGUGCUUACCGUUUGGCAGUGGCCGCCUCAGACCGCGGCCGCCCUGCCAAGCAAAGUCUUCGCCUUCUCAGGGUGGAGGUGCUGGACGUCAAUGACUCCAGACCGACUUUUAGCAGCGCCAGUCUCGUCUUCCGGGUACCCGAAGGCGUGCCCGUGGGCUUUGAGGUGGGCACCGUGACCGCCGGCGAGGGUGAGAACAGCGUAGAGGGUGGCAAAGUCACAUACACAUUGAGCGCAGACGAGCUGGACGAAGAGGUGGCGGCGACAUUCACCGUCAGUCGCACCACCGGUGUGAUGCUGACCACCCGUGACCUCGACCGAGAACGCGCCUCAUCUUAUCAGCUGGAAGUGCGUGCCAUCGACUCGAGCGGCGUGCCUCAGGUGACGAGUUUGAUCAGCAUCACGAUCGAGGUGGAGGAUGUCAAUGACGAGGCACCCUUCUUCGCCGAGGACCCUGUGCUGGCGACGGUUGCUGAGGAUGCUGCCGUCGGCUCGUCUGUUUGGAAUUUCACCGCAGAGGACAAUGAUUUGGGUGUUAACGGCGAAGUGCGCUACUCACUGAGCCACCAGUGGCCUCGCGACGACUUCACGAUCGACCCUGAAACCGGCGUCCUCAGCGUGUCCAAUACGCUGGACAGGGAACUGCACGCUGAGUACACGCUGGUGGUGACGGCCACUGACCAGGCGGUGAACGCGUCUCAACGUCUUCGCUCGUCGGCCACGGCCAAAAUCCUUGUGCUCGACGCCAACGACAACGCGCCGCGAUUUGUGUCCCGCUCGAUCCUGUGGCUGUCCGGCGACGAGCCGUCCGGCAUCGGGGCCGCGCCACUCAUGCAGGUCAUCGCCACUGACGCCGACGCGCAGGACAACGGCCGCGUCUCCUACUUUCUGAACGGCGACGACCACCUCGAGGGUCUCUUCACCAUCGACCACCUGAGCGGCCUGCUAGGACUCGCCAGGCCUCUUGGACGGAGGCACGGUGGUGCUAGACUGGUGCUCAAUGUCACCGCCAGGGACAGCGGAAAACCCGCUAAAGCCUCUUCGCAGUUGCUCGAGAUCGAGGUUGCCGGCGGCAGUGAUAGUCCUGCGAGGUUCUUGCAGAGUGUCUACGAAACCACCGUGUCCGAAGAUGUCCCGAGUGGGACGUUUGUGGUCAAGGUGUCAGCGAGGGAUCCUGAUUCCGGUGGCUCACCAGACAACCUGACGUACUUCAUCCCUGAAGGCAUGGCUGACGGCCGCUUCAGCAUCGACGCCCGCCGCGGGGUGGUGACCACCUCCGGCCCGCUGGACCGCGAACUAAACUACCGCUAUGUACUGCCCAUCUACGUGCGCGACGAUUCUGCCCGUCCCCCGCAACUGGACUCGGCCACCCUCGUGGUGAGCGUAUCUGACGCCAACGACAACUCGCCGCAGUUCGCCCCUGGCUCGUGCUACCCCCUGUCCGUGCCUGAGAACAGCGACCUGGCCGUAAUUCACACUGUGGUGGCGACUGACCUUGAUGAGGGCCGCAACGGCGAGGUCACCUACAGCAUCACCAGUGGAAACGUGGGCAACAAGUUCAGCAUCGAAUCGCACACCGGCGAGCUGUCCGCUAGACCACUGGACAGAGAGGCCCAGGCCGCCUACUGGCUCGUCAUUACGGCCGAGGAUAGGGGAACGCCAGCCCUGACCGGGGCGUGCAACCUCAGCAUCACGGUGGGCGACCAGAAUGACAACAACCCCAAGUUUGCCCUACCUAGAUACGCAGCCUCCCUGCCGGAGAACGCGCCCCUAGACUCGACGGUGCUCACCGUCCAGGCCACAGACGCAGACAUCGGUGCCAACGCGCGCAUUACCUACUCUCUGACCAACGAGAGUCAAUGGCUGUUCAAGAUUGACAACGCGACUGGAGUCAUCACCACUGCUGGCCCGCUGGACCGCGAAAAGCAACGCGUCUACUCCUUCCAAGUGGUGGCCACCGACGGAGGCCGCUACGAUGCCCGUUCCGAGAAGGUUUCUGUCCAGCUGACUGUCAAUGACGUCAACGACAAUAAACCCGUGUUUGAGAGGUACCCCUUCACCGCCGAGGUGGCUGCUUCCACACAACCUGGACAAGCACUGCUGCAAGUUUCGGCUCAAGACAAGGACGAGGGUGCCAAUGCUGACAUUGUUUACAGUUUCGUGAACGAGCCGCACGGAAGCAAGUUUCGAAUUAACCCAAGCACAGGGGUUGUCACGGCCAGUUCCAGUCUGUCCUCGGACUCUGGCCGGCUCUACCACCUCGAGGUUCUAGCCAGGGACAAAGGCAACCCCCCGCAGAGUGCUACAGGUUUGGUCGAAAUCAGAGUCGGAGAAACGAGAGAUGCGGCUGCUGCAGCUGCUGCUCUCAGGUUCCAAAAUUUGACCUAUGUAGUAAGCCUACCAGAAAACGCACCGACCGGCAAGGAAGUCGUUCAGGUUUCUGCCGUGCGAGCAGACGGACGUCGGCAGCGCAUCACCUACAGCUUUGGCAGCGGCAACGAAGACAACACUUUCGAGAUCAACUCGAAUAACGGCCUUGUGCGCGUACGCGACCCCCGAUUGCUUGACUACGAAAGCGCCCCUCGCCUCCGCCUGGUGGUGGUAGCGCAGGCGGACGGCGCCCAGCCACCCCUUUACGGCUACGCUACCGUGUGGGUGGAGGUGCAGGACGUGAACGACAACGCUCCGCGCUUCACGCAAGAGCGCUAUUACGCGUCCGUCUGGGAGGGAAACAACAAGGGCACUUUCGUCAUGCAAGUGUCGGCCACGGACGCCGACGAGGGCUCAAACUCGCACAUCCUCUACCACAUUGUUGACGGCAACCAUGACAACGCGUUUGUCAUCGAGCCGCCGUUCUCGGGCCUAGUAAAGACCAACAUCGUGCUCGAUCGCGAGAUCAGAGACUCGUACCGGCUCACCGUCAUCGCCACUGACGAGGGUAGACCUCAGCUCACCGGCACAGCAACUCUUAGCGUCACCAUUGUCGACGUCAACGACAACCAGCCGACCUUCCCACCCCACUCGGUCAUCAGCGUUAAUGAAGGUGCCACAUUGGGUUCUGUCGUUGCGGAGGUGACGGCUAACGACGUGGACACCAACCCCGCCCUGACAUACUCUUUCGCAGAGGGUGGCAACCCCGACUCCACCUUCAGCAUUGACCGAUUCAGUGGUGCAGUCACCCUCGCACGCCAACUUGAUUUCGAGGGACGCAAGUCGUACGAAUUGAAAGUGCGAGCAUCGGACGCGGCCCACGCCGUCUUCACCUCGCUAACCGUCCAUGUGACCGACGAGAAUGACAAUACACCUAUGUUCGAGCAGCAGUCUUACGAAGUCGCACUUUCAGAGCUGACAGAGCCAGGUCAGCCGAUCCUGACUGUCAACGCAUCAGACGCCGAUUCCGAAGAAAAUGCACGCAUCCAUUUCUCCUUGUUGGGAGCCUCUGACGGCUUCAAGAUCGACGAACAUACCGGUGUCAUUUACACAAACCGCAGCGUAGAGUACGACCCUAGACGACCUCAUGUGCAGCUACUUGUGACAGCUACAGAUGGAGGAAUUCCCUCAAGAUCUGCAGUCGCAGCGGUUAGAGUGCAUUUGACAGAUGUUACUGAUGCUCUUCCAAGGUUUCCUCAAGAGGAAUUCAGGGUUCACAUUCGUGAGGAUGCAACGUUGGGAUCGGUGGUAAAGCGACUUCCACCUGCUGGAGGUCUGACUGAUGACUUGGAACGCAGCAGCCUUGAAUUCACAAUUAUCUCUGGAAACGAUGAAGACCUAUUCAGAGUUUUGAGCCCGAGUGGAGAGCUCAUCCUGGUUGGACCUCUGGAUCGAGAGACGCGUGACCUGUACUCAGUCAAAAUCGGUGUGAGGUCGCGAAUGGCCCCUUCAGCAAAUUCCACCGUUUCUAUUCUGGUGCAAGUGGACGACACCAACGACAAUGCACCAGAAUUUUCGCAACCAAGAUACGAAACGCACGUGAGCGAGUCUGCAGCGGUUGGCCGCUCAGUCCUCAGGUUGACAGCCACUGACAGGGACACCGGCAGGAACGCGAAACUGCUCUUUGAAAUCACCUCUGGCAACGAAGAAGGCCUGUUCACGCUAGACCCCAGCUCUGGAGUUAUCUCCAUCGCUGCUGUGCUGGACAGAGAGCGUGCACCGAUGCACAGGCUUGUGGUGCGCGCCUCAGAUCAAUCUCAGGACAAGCAACUAGCGGCCCUUGCAUCAGUUCUUGUCAAGGUGGAUGACGAAAACGACAACGCGCCACGCUUCCCUGUCCCCAGGUACACCUCAUCUGUGCCUGAGAACUCGCCAGUCGGAACGAGAGUGGCGCGCAUUUUGGCCACCGACAUGGACAGGGGUGAAUUUGGCCUUCUGAACUACUCAAUUGUGGCUGGUGAUGGCCGUGGCAGAUUUGCUGUCGAUGAUACAGGAAUGAUAACAACGCUUGCAGUCUUUGACUAUGAAUCGGUAAAUCGAUACUCCCUGACCCUCAAAGCCAACGACCAAGGUGGUCUAUCUGCCACGACCCUGGUGGCCGUUGAUAUUGAAAGCAGAGAUGAAUUCCACCCUGAGUUCACGGAAAGCACUUACCGUUUUGUGGCACCACUCUCUCCACCUGUUGGCUACGUGGUUGGCAGCGUCCACGCUUCCGACCGCGACCUUGGUCCUGACGGCAGGGUGAUCUACGCUUUGGCCAGCCAAGAUUCGCAUUUCAAAGUGAACAGAACGACCGGCGCCGUUUUGGUGCGCAAACCUAUUUCGAACGAAGCUGCUGGCAGUGAGGUGCGACUCGUCGUAUCCGCCAGCUCAGGUCGUCCAGGGUCGCUGACGAACAUGACCAUCGUGGAAGUUGCCCUGAAUGCUCUAGCCACAGGGGGCUCCAAUCUCGUCGGUGCCGGAGCCGGUUCAUCUGCCGAAGCAGCUUCAUCAGGAGGACUGGCAGAUUGGGCCCUGAGCAUGCUUAUCGCCCUGAUCCUCCUGCUUUUGGCAUUUGGAGGAGCCGUCGUUUUCCUGCACAUGCGAAAGCAACGCCAAUGCAAACCUUCCAUCAGCACUGAGCCGUUCGACCACUCGUCGUUCGACACCAUCGACGUGCGUGGUCCGACCACCUCUGCCGUUUCCCCAAUGGCGCAGUUCCCACCCAAAUACGACGAAAUUCCGGCUUACGAGGCCGCCGCGGUUGUAGCAGCGGAGAGAAGACAUCACCGCCACCACGGCUCUCACCACGCAAACUCGGAGCUUUCAGAGCAAAGUCAGUCCGCCUCAAGCGGCAGGGGCUCUGCAGAGGACGACGGCGUGGACGAAGAAAUCUGCAUGAUCAACGAAGGUCCUCUCAUCCAGCAGAGCGGACCGCAGUCGAGCUCAAGUGGCCACGUUAACCGCGGUCUCCAACUCCCUGGGGACUCUGGCUGCAUCCAGGGUGACGAGGAUAACCUGAGCGAUGUUUCGGUGCACAAUACUCAGCAGUACUUGGCGAGGCUAGGCAUCGACACCUCUCGCUCACAGGUGGACACCGCCAGCAGUAAGGGUGGCACCAGCAUCGUCGCCGGAGGCUCACAAGAGCUGCUUCCUCCGCUCGGCCACUCCAUCUUUGACGAUGAGAACGGCGAGGCCGACCUGGCUAACCUUCUGUACGCAAAGUUGCAACACGGCCCCGGCAGCAGUGGCGCCAGCGCAGCGGGAGACGACCAGUCAGCAGCGUCUACGGGAGGCGGUGGCGACGUCCGCAGCACCCUUCUGGGCUUCACGGUAGCAGACGAGGGGCCCAGCAUGACGGGCUCGCUCAGCUCCAUCGUGCACAGUGAGGAGGAACUAACAGGCAGCUACAACUGGGACUACCUGCUCGAUUGGGGGCCCCAGUACCAGCCGCUGGCGCACGUUUUCUCAGAGAUCGCAAGACUUAAGGACGACACGGCUCCCUCGUCGACGUACGGUGGCAUUCCAGGCAAGAAGGCCCCACUGCCACUCACGCCGCAAGUCAAAACCGUUCCUCCGCCGUUGAUCACCAACGUAGCUCCCAGGUCGAUCGCCCCUGUGGCCAGGGCGUCCCACCAAAUGCCUCGGUCGCCUAUCAGCCACGAGUUUGCCGCUGCAAUGUCGCCGUCUUUCUCGCCCUCCCUCUCCCCCUUGGCCACAAGAUCGCCGUCUAUUUCCCCUCUGGUGGGCCCCUCGCUGGGACCCCACCACGGUCGGGCCCUGCCACCUAGACCCACGGGCCUCGUAUCGGGCACGCCGUCCGGCUCCGAAGCGGAACUGAGAAUCUAGUGUGAUACCUCUUACCCCUCAAGUGUAGAAAGUGUGAAUAUUGUGAAAUAUAAAAUCAAAACUGGACACAUUCUCGCGAAUUUCGCGUUGCUCAACCGAGAGUCAGGAGAAAAUGAUAAGGAGAUCUGAUUGUUUGUACAGAGAAAAUUUUUUAAAUUAAUGCAAUAUUACAUUGUGAUUACAAAAUUCAGACGGCACGGCCGCUCUCUCCUCUUACGAUUCGUAUACGCGAACAGUUCUUUCAUAAGAUGAUAAAUUUUCUUAAAAGUCUCGCCGCCUUGAGACCUUGUGAUAUUGUUUUAUAUUUGUACGUAAUUUAUCCAAGUGUUUUUGUAAUGCGCGUAUGCCUGCCCUUCGCAAUCAUAUCACAGCAUCCUUGCCAUUAAGAUGGCCCCUCAUUGUUCAUAUUGAUUGACAGUCGACGAGAGGAGAUAAAAGCAUAUAUAUGUGAGCUAUCACAGUCCGCCACUAUUGUCAGUUGCCAAACGAUUACUUUGUAAAAAAAUAAAUUAUGAUCAGAGUUGGCAUUUCAGUGGUAUGAUGCAGUAUACUAAUGUUAAUAUGCAAACAGCAAAUUGAGAACGAAUGCAACAGAUUUUAUUGUGUAAAUAUUAUAUUAUUUUCGAGCGGUAUGAAACAUGAGAAUUUGAGCGCAUAAUGUAACUGAAGGGUGCAAACAAAUAAAAUACAAAUUAAAAAUAA